CAAAUUUGCCCGACCAUGGCCGCACCAGCGUACCAAUACCCUGCCGUCCACCGUUCAGACCACCAAGACGUCAUCCAUGGAAAGGUCAUCGCUGACCCUUACCGCUGGUUGGAAGACCCUGACAGCCCGGAAACGGAAGCGUUUGUUGCAGCUCAAAACGAGCUGACGCAAAAAGUAUUCCAGGACAUUCCGUACCGCAAGGAAUUCCUCGCGCGCAACACCGAGCUUUUCAACUACGAAAAGUACUCGUCGCCUUUUCAACGCGGCGGUCGCUACUUUUACUUCAAGAACGACGGUCUGCAAAACCAGAGCGUGCUGUACAUGCAAGACUCCUUGACGAGUGAGCCCAAGGUAUUGCUUGAUCCCAACACGUUGGCCGAAGACGGUACAGCCGCAUUGGGUACCUACAACUUCUCCGAAGGCAAGUCGGCUAGUGGCAUCCUGUACUUUGCGUACGGUGUGUCCAAGGGCGGGUCCGACUGGCAAACUAUUAAGUUGAUUGCCAUUCAUGCCGAUGGCACGGUCGAGCACUUGCAAGACACGUUGGAGUGGGUCAAGUUCAGUGGGAUCGAGUUCACCCAUGACGACGUGGGUUUCUUUUAUGGACGGUACCCCGCCCCCAAGUCGCGCGAAUCCGGUGCUGACGGCAAGACAGCCGGCACGGAAACCGAUUUGAACGAAAACCCUGCGAUUUAUUACCACAAGGUCGGCACACCGCAAUCCGACGACAAGUUUGUGUUUUCGUUCCCCCAACAUCCCAAGUACUACCUCCACGCUAAUGUGUCGGACGACGGCAAGUUCCUCCUCAUCAGCACCAUGGAUGGGUGCAAGGACGCCAACAUGCUUUUCGUCGCUGACCUGGCCGAAGCCCAAGCAUUCAUUGCCUCGUCCGAUGGCAACCAAAGCAUCCCUGUGCACACUGUCGUUGACAACACUGACUACAGCUACGAAUACCUCCUCAACAACGGCCCCGAGUUCUUUUUUGUCACCAACUUGGACGCUCCUCGCAAGCGCAUCAUCAAGGUGGACAAUAUCCUGAGCGACACGAUCGUGUGGACCGAAGUGAUUCCGGAAGGCGUGGACGUGUUGACGGCUGCCCAUGCCGUGCGCAAAGACCUGCUCGUGGCCGAAUACUUGAAGGACGCGAGUGACACGAUUCGUCUGUACAAGCAGUCGGGCGAGUUUGUGCGCAACAUCGCCCUCCCCAGCAUCGGGACGGUCAACGUGUCGUGCAAGCGGGACUCGCCGGAACUCUUUUUCAAGUUCAUCUCGUUCCUGUACCCUGGCACGAUCUACCGCGAAGACCUGACGGACCCGUCGACGAGCUCGCCGGCGGUGUUCCGCGAGGCCAAGGUGCCCGGCUUCAACCCCGAGGACUUUGAGGCCAAGCAAGUGUGGUACCCGUCCAAGGACGGCACGCAGAUUCCGAUGUUUUUGGUGUCCAAGAAGAACCUGGCUCGCACGGGCGACAUCCCCACGUACUUGUAUGGGUACGGUGGGUUCAACAUUUCGCUGACGCCGUCGUUUUCGGCGAGCCGCACGAUCUUCGUGCAGCACUUCAACGGUCUCCUGGCGUUGCCGUCGCUGCGAGGCGGUGGCGAGUACGGCCAGGCGUGGCACCAGGCCGGCACGUUUGGCAACAAGCAGAACGUGUUUGAUGACUUUCAAGGUGCGGCCGAGUACUUGAUCAAGGAAGGGUACACGAGCUCGUCGAAGAUUGCGAUCCACGGUGGGUCGAACGGCGGUCUGUUGGUGGCCGCGUGUGCGAACCAGCGUCCCGAUUUGUUCCGUUGCGCCGUUGGUGCCGUCGGCGUCAUGGACAUGCUCCGAUUCCACAAGUUCACUGUCGGGCAUGGCUGGGUGACGGAUUUUGGCAACCCCGACGAGCCUGAAGCGUUCGAGUACAUCUCCAAGUACUCGCCGUUGCACAACGUGCCUUCGUUCGAAGCGAAGAGCUUCGGGUUGGCCAACGAUCACGGCGGGUUCCCUGCGUACUUGUUGACGACGGGUGACCACGACGACCGUGUCGUGCCACUGCAUUCGCUCAAGUUGAUUGCGGAAGUGCAGCACAAGUUGGGCAGCCACCCGAACCAGAAGAACCCGCUCUUGAUUCGCAUCGAAACGAAAGCGGGCCACGGGGCGGGCAAACCGACGAGCAAGGUGCUCCAAGAAGCAGCCGACGUCUACGCGUACAUGGGCUGGGCCUUGGGUGCCACCUUCUUAUGA